AUGUAUUUCGUUCUUUUUCAACUUCUUGUAAGUGUUUGGAGUCAACAAUGCACAAGCACAGGCUGUAAACAGUGUAUUGCGAAUGAGACGUGUAGUUCAUGUUCAGAGUUAUAUGAUCAAAAGGAUAAUAGCUGCUCCACUUGUGUUUCACUCAAUCCUUUGAAACCAAUAGAUGCCAAUAACACUCUUGUCGUGUUUGAAAAUGGGAUAUGUGUCGAUAAAACCAAUUCAAUUCGAAAGGACUACUCAGACAUGAUCACUUACUCCUUGUCUUCUGGAUAUAUAGAUUUGUCAUUCACAACUAACUCUAAAUAUUCAAUUGGGCCGUGCUCCUUCCCUAUUAGAAAACAAGUCCAAUAUCGACCAUCGUUUUGGAUUAAAGUCGAUUUGGCCGGCGUUGUUAACACACAAAGUCAUUAUAAAAUCAUCUUAAAAACACCGGAGAAUGCACCGAGAAUAUACGUGGAUGUCACUAAUACAGACCCAACAACAUCAGACGUUUUCAAUUGCUACGCGCGACAAGAAAUAGUGAUGAAUGGAGGGAGCUUGACCCUUCCAUUGUCUCAAGAAACGUAUUUCUUCUUCAUCUCCAUCGACGAUUUAACAUCGUUUUCGUUCUCUUUCAAAAUUGAUUUUGUCGAUGACUUCAGAGAGAGUGUUCUCGACCUCUCACAAGCACAGACAGACGCGCUGUACACCACCAAGAAGACUUUGUCUCACACCUUCAAAUUCUCGUCGGAAGGCAUUUACAUCUAUCCAGUCUGUGCGCCAACGAAGUUAAUGAAAGGGCUUUAUUUCACGAUAGAAACCAACUCUGAGUACAGUGUUUUGCUUGAUACUUCCGAACAAAACAGAUAUGCGUAUUUGAUGGAAUACACUUUAAAUGAGACCAAUAUCCUCCAAUGUAUUGAUUAUUACGUUGGCGAUUGGUGGGGAAUUUGGUCUUCAACUCGAGUCCAACAAGGCCUCCGAGUGCGAAUGAAACCAAGCGAGAACAAACGACUGUUAUUUGUUGGGACUACAGACCACUCCACGGAUUUGGAUGUGACGUUCUCUACAAUAUGUCCAAAGCACUGCUAUGAGAGUAAUGGGAAUGGAAUGUGUUCUACAAGAAACGGGGACUGCGUGUGCAGCGACUCUUUUGGUGCGGAAGACUGCAGGAAACUGUGUUAUUACAAUCAGAAGUUUUACAAGAAUGAUGGAGUAGUCUCUGGAGAUGCAAUGUGUUAUUUUGGGACGUUACAUUGUGACGCUGAUUGUGCUUGUGAGAGUGGCAAAUUAGAGUCGCACUAUUGUGUCAGUCAAAAUUGCGUCAAUAAGAACUUUGGCGAUGCAAAUGUCCAGUGCUCGUAUAACACAAGUCAUUGCCUUCCCAAUUGUAUAUGUGCUGAUGGGUAUGAAGUCACCGAAGAACGCCUGUGUCGUAAAUUGACGUGUGGUGAUGGGAUAGUUGAUGAAGGUGAGCAGUGUGACAACACCACCAAUUGUGAUCAUUACUGUCAAUGUCUUGCAGGGUAUGAAGUUGACCCAAAUGCCCCUGGAAAUUGUCGAAGUAAACCGAUAGCAUGGUGGGUGUGGUUAUUAGUCACAUUACUUGUGAUCAUAGCAUUCAUCAUCUUAGUUGGUAUUGUCAUUGGUGUCGUUCGAUUGACUCGUUCCAUUCGAUUGGACCAAUCUAUAUUUAAGCAACAGCAGCCAGUGUAUUACUACGACAUUACACAAAGUGUACCUAUGUCUCCAAGUGAGGAAGCUCGAUAUAACAUCGAGCCAUUGGACUUAGACUAUGGUAAUGAGAAUGUCCCCACUAAUGUCUUUGAUACGCGAUACGAGUUGGUCGACGUCAAAAAUUACUCGGGAAAUAAAUAUAUGAUGGUGAUCAUUCACACACCAAAUAACCCCAAAUUCGUCUUUUACUUUGACCCCCAAGUCAUCUUUUUGAGGCCAAAACAAAAAACGACUUUAACGAGUUACAUGACGUUGCACUGUACUACGAAGAUAAUGGGCAUGAAAAUCCAUUAUACGGUAUACUGGUCAAAACAUCUUCGGACGUUAAAGGAAAUAGCGGAGUUACUGAGAAAUAAAACAUUUGAGGAGUGGACCACUGAAAACAAAAUGCAGAUGGAGACCCUCAUGAAGGAUGUAAGUAGGAAGUAUAGACACCAGUUUGAGAUCAAAACGGUUGCUGCGAGUUCUACACAUAUUGAUAUGGACGAGUUGCAUUUGCGUGAGCAGCCCAUAGCACAGGGAGCAUCGGGGACUGUGUAUGUAGGGAAGUACAAGAGUAUUACAGUAGCUGUGAAGAUGUUCCGGUGGGAGAUGUUGACUGAAGACGAGUCCAAAGAGCUUAAAAAGGAUGUUAUUCGGGAGUGCGACUUGAUGAGUAAAUUGCGGAAUCCGUUCAUUGCGAAUUACAUGGGGUCUGUGACAUACAUUCCGAAGAUCUCAAUGGUCAUUCAAUUCUUCCAAUUGGGGUCAUUAGGGGAUUAUGUGAGACAUGAAAAGCCUGAGGACAUUGUCUUGCCGUAUAAAUUGAAAGUCAAGAUGAUGUUUGACUGUGCGAGAGGAAUGGCCUUCUUACAUGAGAAUCGGAUUAUGCACUUAGACUUGAAGCCGGACAAUUUACUUGUCAACUCGUUAUACGCCGACUCAAGUUGUGUGGUGAAGAUCACUGAUUUUGGGACAUCGCGAAUUACUAAGAAAAAGACGGAACAAGACCGAGGACUUGGGACACCCAUUUAUUUGGCACCAGAAGCGUUUACGGAUGUCUACACAAAUGCGGGCGACGUGUUCUCAUUUGCCGUCUUAAGUUGGGAACUUUUCUAUGCAAAAGAGCCAUACAAGGACUGCAAAAGUAUUUUUGAAAUCAAAGAGUUUGUGAUCUCUGGGAAACGACUUGUGUUUGAUGACACGAUACCAAACUGCUUUAAGAGUCUAGUAGAAGACUGUUGGAGACAUAAAAUGGAGGAGAGGCCGUCGUUUGAUGAUAUAUCGAAACGGAUCGUCACCAUAUUAGAGGAUGUGCCGAAUCACCCGGAGUUUGAUUCGAACGUGUCGAUGGAGAGAAUAGAAGAAAUCAUCAAUGAGAAGUCCGCAAGAGUCAAUGAAUUGUUAGCGGAACAAGAAACCGAGUAA